AUGCUCCUUGGAGUUAGUCUAAGACAGUGUUUUAACGAGGAGUGCUUCAACAAUAAGGGGGAAACAGUGAUCACAACAGAGAAAUUGUAUAUGCACUCUGCCAGAAAAUACUGUGAAAAGUGUGUGGAGGACGGGCUGGAUUAUGUGCACACCGACGACAUUAUAUUCAACCGAAACGGCCGCUGGGAGGGGAAGCCAGAAGUCGAGAAGCAGGAUCUUGUGGAGGAGUCUCUGUUUCUGAAGAAAAUCAAAAAGAGAGGGUUUACGCGGAACGGCGCUGCGUGCUUUGGGGUGUUUACAAAAAAAGAGUACCACCCGAAUGAAACCAUAGGAGCCAUUGGGGGCGUGCUGGGAAACAUCAACAUGUACAGAACGGGUGCAGCAACGAAGUCAAAGAGCCCAAGCCGGUGCUUCAUCUUCCGGGAAAGCGGGCAGAUCAUCGACUCGCGAAAAAGCGGAAACCUGGUGCGAUUUAUUCGAAGAUCGUGCAGGCCAAACGUUGCAAUUUCGAUAGAGGCGUGCGAAGAAGGGUGGAAGGCGCGGCCUCCUCUGAAAAAGAACCCGUUUAUUGUCUACCCGGUCCGGGCCAAGCUCUACGCCAUAUCCAAAAUAGAAAACACAGACGAGCUCUUCAUAGGAAACAAGUACUCUUCGUACGCUGGCGAGGCCUGGGCGUCUUCUGAGCUAGGAAUUGGGCCAGACGACCUUGUAGACACAUGCGCAUGCACGUCCAGCUGGAGAUGCCUCUUUGAGGGAACGCCCUUCCUGGAAAAGACCAGAAGCGUAAACAUUACAUCAAAGAUAUCCUCGAUAUUUGUGCAAAUGCAAAAAUACAUGCGCGAGAAAAUACCUUUCCCCAGGUCUGAUAUGGCGUAUGUCCUGAACAGAAAAUGCACAUUCACACAGCACAUUUAG